AUGGCGAGGAAUGUGCUGUACCCGCUGUACCAGCUCGGAGGGCCACAGCUCCGAGUGUUCCGAACCAACUUCUUCAUCCAGCUGGUGCGGCCUGGCACAGCUCAGCCUGAGGACACUGUGCAGUUCCGGAUCCCGCUGGAGAUGACCAGGGUGGACCUCAAGAACUACCUGCAGAGUAUCUACCAGGUGCCGGUGGCAGCUGUGAGGACGCGGGUGCAGCACGGUUCCAACAGGAAACGAGAUCACAGAAACGUGCGGGUGAAAAAGCCAGACUACAAGGUCGCCUAUGUCCAGCUGGCUCAUGGACAGACCUUCACCUUCCCGGACCUGUUUCCUGAGAAGCAGCCAGACCCCACAGGUGUCACCGAGGAGGACCUGCGGGAGCAGUUCAUGAAGGAGGAGCAGCAGAGGCAGAGUCAGGAUCCCCGGCGUGGCGAUGUCCCUAACUGGUUUGGCCUGUGA